UAAAAAAAGAAGUCGAUGGUUUUGUUCCUAAUCGUCUUCAAUAUGCGAUUUUUACAUCAGCUCUUCAAUUAGUUCAAGAUAGAGUUGCUGAAACUGAAGAUAUUGAUCGAGCAAUGACACAUAGAUUAGCAUGUCUAUGA